AUGAAAAAUGAAAAAAGAAAAACUUGUCACGAAAACUACAUAUUGGUCAUAUAUACUUUAAAGAAAUCAAACGCGUUUAUUAUGAUUUGUUAUGAUGAACUAUGCCAUAGUAUCAUUCUCGUUAAUAAUUACGCCGCAUUUUUCUUCGUGUUUUACCAAUAUUUUAUUAUACUUUAAUUUGAACCAAACGCAAAAUCGUUCUUUAAGCAUAAAAUUGGUUAAUACAUGCUGUACUUUCUUUUUGCCAUCGAGUUUGCUUCAAAUGCUCUGAGUUUAUGACAAUAUCAGGGCGCUCAUAUUCAAAUUUCAGCUUUUAUUUUGGAAGAAAAUUUUAAAACUAUAGUUUCAAAAAUGUUAGAAGACCGGUUAGCCCAAGAUGACGACCUGAAACACCAAAUGUCCUAUCGGCUAGAUUGUGAACCCGCGCCGAAGGGUAUUUUUGUUACCCAACUGGGUAAUCUUUAUGACGCCGAGGAAGCGCAAACGGGCAAAGACAAAAAUGGUCGUCCACUUAUACAGUACCCGGUUGUGAAUGAAAAUGGUGAAAACUUAUUACGGAGCGGCGUGAAAACUCGGCAGAAAACGCUUCUGAUUCGUGAACAGAAAGUCGUCGAUAAGAUGAACUUGGAACUAACCGAAAAACGAGACAUUUUUGAGAAGCGGAUGGAAAGCAUCAACAAGCGGAAAGAAAUUCUUCGGGAAAAACGAGACUCUUUGCGAUCCAAAAUCGGAAACGAUCAGAAAUACAUCCAAGAACAGAACGCAAAACGAGAACGGGCAGUUGAAAAGUUCAAAACAGAACGAAAAACAAACGAACGACUAGCAAUUCAGCAAUCGGAGCUAAGCAAAGAACUGGACGAGCUGAAAAGGCGAAACCGGAGUCUGAGAGAAGAAAUCCAUAAGAAGAAACCGUACAACGAGUUCAUGAUGAAAGUAAUCGACAAUUUGCCCGAUAAAUUUGUGGAGUCGUCUGAAAAUAAAGUGACAGCUUUGAUGUCGCGGUAUUCAACUUUGGAAGACGCAAACACCGAUUUGGUCCGGAAAAUGGGUAGUUUGUCGGACGAGUUAAGUUCCGAGCAGAAACGACUUGACUCGAUAAAAGCAAAACACGCCGAGGAACAACUUGAAAACAUGAUGGAACUCAAAAGGACGCGGGAGAUUUUAGAGCGACUUAGAGAUCGAAACCAAGAGAAACAACAGCAGCUGUUUUUUAGAAAAAACAGAUUCAGAGAGGAAAAUCAGGAGAAAGGCCAGACACUUCUGUCGCUGAGAAACUUAGCCGAAAAGUGUCGGUUUAACUUCAGAACUAAUAAACCGAUCGCGAUUCCAAUCGAAGACGAAAACGACUUUGAUACUAUGAUGUACAGGAUCGACAACUAUUUCAUCGACCACAAAGAUAUUGUCCAGUGGUCCUCGCCGGGUGGUGGAAGCUCAAUCCAAAAAGGUCAACAAAGCUAGACGAGAAAAACAAACAAUAUUACUUUACUAAAUUGAAUUACUUGCAUCUAUUUUAAAAUACUAAAAUGAAGUAACUUUUGAAAAGUAGCAGAAAAGUUUUAAAUUGAUAAA